AUGGACGACAUUAACCCUCCGUCUGCCACAAGCUCCACCUGGCGUGGCCCACAGCAACAGCACAACACACACGACGAGAAGGCCGACCCGUGUGACGUGAACAGAGAUGAGGAGUGGGAGUACAGGUGUAAGAUUCAAACUGAAGUCUGGAAGGAACUAGACAGUGAAGACUUUUCAGAUGACAUCAAGAUGAAGUUCAGACCAGACAAAUCCACUUGGCUCAUCAUCAAGUGGGGCAACUUCACAAAUGCCGCUGGUCACCCUGAUCAUGUGGCGCGUUUUUCUGGACAAGCGCCCAAAGCCUGUGAAGUGACAGGCUAUGAGAGCUGGUACAGGGUUGGCUCCCAUUGUGUCAAGUAUUUUAGCUACUUGAUGAACUUCAGCAAUGCUGAGCAUUACUGCAGGUCGGUAACCCCUGGUGGUCACCUUGUGUCAUUGCACAACUAUCAGGCCAACAGGGAUGUCCUCUAUAUCCUUCCAAAGCACAACAACCGUCCCCCUCGCAUCUGGUUGGGCGGUUUCGAGCUUUUCAUGUCUGGGAAGUUUAUCUGGACAGAUGGGUCUACGUGGGAUUAUUCAGCCUGGGCCCCAGGAGAGCCCACCUACCGACACAAAGGAUAUGUGGACUGCCUGGAGAUGAACGCCAGUAAGAUUGGGAUGUGGUAUGAACACUAUUGUUUUUUGCGGAGGAGUUUCGUUUGUUCCUUUAAACCUGUGUGA